AUGGACGCCGGCGCCGAGACCCAACGCACGACGCAGAACUCGGGAAUCAAGGUCCGCCGCCCCCGGGCCGCCCGAGCAUGCGACCUCUGCAGGGCAAAGAAGAACAAGUGCGAUGAGCUGUACCCCUGCACGUACUGCAAGAGCCAGGACAUGUCAAGGAGGCUUUUCACUCCAGAAUAUGUGAGACAGCUGGAAGAACAGGUCAAGAGGCUCUCGGCCAUCGCCGAGUCCGUGAAAGCGCCAUCGACGGAUGACAACGCCUCGGCGAUGGCCAACACCGCCGCCCCGGAGUUCCCCGACGGAUACUCGCCCGACGACCGCGGUCUCCAGAGACGGCUGUCCCGAAGUACCGCGGCCGGAGGGUCGCCCUCGAACGCCGCCCGGUCACGGAACGCCGCCGGCCAGGAGAUCUCGGGCGUCAACCGCCACACGCGCAACGUCGAGUUCUACGGCAGCUCGUCCUCCGUUGCGCUGCUUUCCCACGUGCAGCGGACCGGCGACGACGAGCCCGUCAUCUCACCGGACCUCGGCUCGGACGCGGGGACCCUUCUGUCGAACCUCCACAACCCGGCCUUCUCGUCCCCCUCAGCCACAGACCAGGUCCAGACCCAGACCCAGACCCCUGGCGGCGCGUCCUCCUCUACCACCACCGCCGCCGACGCCGCCUUUACCACCGCCGAGGCCAGGUCCUCCACGCGGCCAACGACGCAUUACCCGCAGUGCCGGCACUUCCUGCAGAGCUUCUUCUCCAGCAUCCACUACGUGCACCCGAUCCUCGACCGGAAGCUCUUCUUCGACCGCUGCGAGGAGUUGUGGGCGCGGCCCGGCGACGUCCGCGAGCCGUCGAGUUUCGUGGCGCUGUACUAUAGCAUCCUGUCUCUCGGCGCGCUUGUCGGCGUGCGGGAGGACGAGCCGGUGGACGGGGUCGGGAACCUGCAGUGGAGCCGGAGGUUCUUCGACGAGGCCAAGAGGCGGUGCGACCAGCUGGGGAUGGUCACCGACCUGGAGAUGGUCCAGUGCUACUUCUUUCUUGCGAAAGUCUGUCAGAACGAGUUGAACGCUCACUGUAAGCAAUCCGUCAUGUGUCUUGCUUGGGUCGUACAUGUACGUCGGACUCGCGGUGAGGACAGCGCUCGCAAUGGGCAUCAACCGAGAACCCGGGGCGGAUGUCAAAAAGGAACCAGCUCUGCUCAGAGCAGAGUCGAGAACGUGGUGGUAAGAAGCCCGAUGAAAUCAGAAGAGGUGAGAGGUUCACUAACAGUAGUUCCAGGGGCCUAUAUUCAUUGGAAACGUGAGGACAAAGCGGAGGCCAACUUCACACGCGCGUCCGACACGCUGACUUGUCACAGAGAAAUGUCCUUCUCCAUGGGUAGACCAGACACGCUCGGGGCGGACUUGUACCACAACCGGCUGUUCCCAGUCAUCGGGGAAGCGGAAACCGAGUCCUCCGCCGGGGGCUCGGAGCUCGUGGACCCGCCGUCGUGCGCCAUCAUCAAGUGCAUGGUGGACUACUCCAAGAUCAUCAGGAGCAUCUGCCUGGGAAUCUACCUUCCUGAGACGACAGUGCCUCGGACGGUCCAGCUGGCGCACCAGAUCGACCAGGACUUGCAGCGGUGGGCUGAGGACCUGCCGGAGGCCAUCCGUCCGACGACCUCGGUCGAGCCACGGUCGCUGAAGAGCGUCCGAGAGGCGCAGUGGAUGAAGAGGCAAAGACUCGUGUUGACGAUGCGCUUCCUCAACAUUAGGAUCCUCCUCUUUGGGUCGAUCAUUCUCACAUCGACGUCGGCCGAGAGGGCGUCCAUCCCAGGCUCGCAGGAGGGCAUACACUUGUGCCUCGAGGCGGCCAAGCAGACCAUCGAAAUCAUCUACCAGACGUACCAACAUCACGACUUUUUCAGGACUUGGUACGUUAUCCCCCAUUACCAGAGCCAGCUGCCUGGGUCCUGUCCCGAACUAACCACCCCCGGCCCCAGGUUCUACAACACGACGUACACCGUCUUCGCGGCGUCCAUGAUUCUGGUAUACGUGACGCAGGAGGCCACGGAAGCGGAGGCGCCGGCGCUCCUGAAGCUGGUGGCGAUGGCCAUUGAAAUCCUCGAGACCAUGGACGAGUGCGUCGUCGCCCUGCGGUCGGCGAAGUUGCUGCACAAGGCCAUCGAGAAGGCCGAGAAGCGGUUCUCGGCCUCGGCCUCGUCGACGCCGGGAGCGGGGGCUGGGGCGGCGCAGCAGCAGCAGCAGCAACAGCAGCAGAUCCCGGCGAUGCCGCCGGCGGACGCCAUGCUCCAGCUGAACCACUACUGGGGCCCGCUCAACAUCCUGGACAACGAGAUGGAUUUCGGGUUCGCGAUGCAGUUCGCCGACUUUGAGGGUACGAACUCGCUGUUCAUGGCCCUCGACGACCCGAGGGCGAUGCAGUAG